AUGGGACGGUGCCUUGAUUUAAUCUGUUUUUAAAUGUCUGGCGUUUUUUUUCUCGAAGGCUGAAGGCACUUGUUGCUGAAGGUGAAAAUCGACUCGAGGUUUUGCGUUUGCGCCCUUCACUGUGUUUUUGUUUUGGCCGCUCACGGGAGAAAGCCGAAUAAACUCAAGAUGUGUUUCUGUUAAACUCCCGCCCCCAUUCCACCAUCACAACCUCCUCGCCCCUCCCCGACUCUUGCCUUUUCGUCUUCCCGCUUCUGCGCACCUCGACCCGGCCUAAACUGCCUGCUUCGAAUCGACAGCCCCCCGUCGCAACACGACUAGCAUGUCGGAAUACAGCGCGGUGCCUCAGCCCGGGGCUGGAGCACCUCUCGGUGGGCAGUCAGCCCUGGGGGUCGGUGGCGGGAUAAAGAAAGAUGCCUUUGCAGACGCGGUACAGCGAGCUCGCCAGAUCGCGGCGAAGAUCGGUGGAGAUGCAGGAGGAGGGGCCCCCUCUAUGAACAACAGUAGCCCUGUAGAGAGCUUCCCCUUCACAGCACAGAAACGGCAGCUGGAGGACGCAGAACAGCCAGACAGCAAGAAAAUGGCCCCUCAGAGUGACCGGGACACUGCCACCGCUCUGUCCAUCAGAGCCCAGCUGGCAGCCCUGGCCCAACAGAGUCGGCCAACAACCACCACAGAAGACUACAGUGUCCCUGAUGGCAUGGUCGGACUCAUUAUUGGUCGAGGAGGAGAGCAGAUCAAUAAGAUCCAGCAGGACUCUGGCUGCAAGGUCCAGAUCGCGCCAGACAGCGGAGGUCUUCCAGAAAGGAGUGUUUCUCUCACAGGGUCUCCAGACUCCAUACAGAAAGCGAAAAUGCUCCUGGACGAGAUCGUGUCCCGAGGCAGGGGCACGCCCCCGUCCUCCUUCCACGAGUCCACCAACGGCCAGAGCGGCUCCGUCCAGGAGAUGAUGAUCCCGGCGGGGAAGGCGGGGCUCAUCAUCGGGAAGGGAGGAGAGACCAUCAAACAGCUGCAGGAGCGGGCGGGGGUGAAGAUGAUUCUGAUCCAGGACGGGUCCCAAUGUCCCAACGUGGACAAACCCCUGCGCAUCAUCGGAGAGCCCUACAAAGUGCAGCAUGCGAGGGAGCUGGUGCAGGAGAUCCUGUGUGAGAAAGACCACCCAGGAUUUGGGGAGCGGAGCGAGUACGGGUCCCGCAUGGGGGGAGGCGGAAUCGACGUCCCCGUCCCGCGCCACUCGGUCGGCGUGGUGAUUGGCCGCAACGGAGAAAUGAUUAAGAAGAUUCAAAAUGACGCCGGCGUGAGGAUACAGUUUAAACCAGACGACGGCGUGGGGCCGGACAAAGUGGCGCACAUCAUGGGCCCCCCCGAGCGCUGUGACCACGCCGCCAGCAUCAUCACCGACCUGCUGCAGAGCAUCCGGGCCCGAGAGGAAGGACAGGGGGGCCCCCCGGGGCCGCCCGGUCCUGGAAUGCCCCCGGGCAGGGGUAGGGGCCGGGGACAGGGCAACUGGGGCCCCCCUGGGGGGGAGGUGACCUUCUCCAUCCCCAGCCACAAGUGCGGCCUGGUGAUCGGGCGGGGCGGGGAGAACGUCAAGGCCAUCAACCAGCAGACGGGCGCCUUCGUGGAGAUCUCCCGCCAGCUGCCCCCCAACGGAGACCCCAACUUCAAGCUCUUCAUCAUCCGGGGCUCCCCGCAGCAGAUCGACCACGCCAAGCAGCUCAUCGAGGACAAAAUCGAGGGCCCGCUCUGUCCUGUGGGCCCUGGUCCCGGUGGCCCCGGCCCCUCCGGUCCUAUGGGCCCCUACAACCCAAAUCCCUACAACCAGGGGCCUCCCGGAGGUCCUGGCCCACACGGCCCCCCGCCUCCUCAUCAGUACCCCCCCCAGGGCUGGGGUAACGCGUACCAGCAGUGGCAGCCCCCGGGACCCCACGACCCCAGUAAGGCGGCUGCGGCGGACCCCAAUGCCGCCUGGGCCGCGUACUACGCCCAGUAUUACCAGCAGCCCCCCGGCGCGGUGCCCGGGCAGCCCCCUGCCGCGCCCUCAGGUGCCCCCGCCCCCGCCGAGCAGCCCCAGGCCGGACAGACCCCCGGGGGCCCGCCGGACUACACCAAGGCCUGGGAGGAGUACUACAAAAAGAUGGCUCAGGCAGGUGGUGGUGCACAGGCAGCAGCGGCAGCAGCAGGCCCUGCCUCGGGCGGUGCUCAGCCUGACUACAGUGCAGCGUGGGCGGAGUACUACAGGCAGCAGGCUGCUUACUACGGGCAGCCAGGGGCCCAGCCAGCCGGCCAGCCCGCCGCGCCACAGCAAGGGCAGCAGGUACUACGCAGUGAGUGGAGCCCUUCAGACUUUGUGUUAGAGGAGUGAGAGGGACCGAGACGCCAUCCAGCGCAGCCCAGCCAGUCGUCUGGACUCCUUUUUCAUUUUUAUUUCGUUAUUAUUUUUUACUUCUCGUUUUGUUUUGAGGGAAGCAGUGACCUCAGUGCCCAGCCUCUUUCCGUGUCUCUUCGAUGCAGAUCACUUUUUAAGAAAAAAAUGUGAAAAAGGACAAAAAUCUUUCUUCUCUGCUGAAAGAGAUGAACUUGGAGAGACCCGCAGGCCUGCGUUUUGGUUUCAGUUGCGUCCUUGAUCGUCAACCCCCCUUCCCCCCCGUCCCACGGCCCACAUCCCACCCUCUCGAGAACAUUACACAACCGUAGACUUGGCAUCCUGAUCCACUGGCGGACUGAGCCGUCCACCGACCCACCAAUCAGCUGCCUGCACUUUCCUGCUGUUUAAUUCCCUUAGAGACCGUGGCCUCUGCCAGUACUGCAUUUACCCAGGCUAUCGCCAGCGUGUAGAAAUCCAGUCCUGGUUUUUCUCCUUUGUUUGUUUUUGUUUUGUCAUGGCAAAUAAGAUGGCACGGGGGGGGAAUAAGUAAUAAACCUUAUGUUGCUUUUAAGAUGUGAUUUUAUUUUAUGCCCCCUUUUAAAAAAGAAAUUACACCACCCCCACCACCAAUUUUGAGUUGGAACAUUCCCAUCAAUGCAGUCACUGGUUCUCCAUCAGUUUUUGACCAUUUAAUUUUGUGUGGGGACAAGGGGUGUUUUUGUGUGUGUGUGUGUUUUGUUUACGUGUGUACGUGCCUGUGUGUGUGCGUGGUUACAUGUCUUUGUACAUGUGUGUAUGCGUGAUUGAGUGUGAUUGAGUGUGGGGUGUGGAUGCAUGUUUAAUAGUGUCCGUAUGGAUGUAUACUUGCAGAUGCAUAUAAUUGUGUGUGUGGUAUAUGGCUUUGUGUACUAUGGUACAUGGUACGUUUGUGUUUGGUCGUGAUGACUGUGUCACCCACAUGGGACCUCCUUGUGCUCCAACUCCAACCUUGUGCUUUGAUUGCUGUUUUUGUCCGGGAAAGGAAAGAUUUAUUUUUUUGUUUUCCCCAUUAUUUCUUGUUCUGAGAAGUCAUGAUGUUAUAUAUUGUAUGCUUGGGUUUUACUUUUUACUGCUUGUUUUUAAAAACUUCACAAAUAAAAGAUGAUAUUGAGACCUCCCAA